UAUUAGGUGGUUUGAUCAUAACAUCAUUAACAUCGCUUCACUUGUAAUUUUUGCUAUUUAUUCUAAUCACUGACUGAAAUACCCGUGUUCGCAGAAAUGAACUUAGUUCAAAGGGGUUAAAUAAAUUAUCUCCUCUAUAUAACAUUCAACAAACAAAAUCCUCUCACUCAUUGAUCAUGUUUACCCAGUGGUGUAUCGCAAUCCCCUUCGUGCUUCAUUUCGCACUCUCUGAGUUUUGUGGGCUGCACACUGAGUCCAAAAUCUCGUCUGGCGGGGAAGCCACCAUCGGCCAGUUCCCAUGGCUGGCGUUGUUAGAAUCCAAAAGAAGAAACGGUUCCAAGUACUUCAACUGUGGUGGCGUACUCAUCAGCAAGAGAUACGUCUUGACGGGGGCGGGGUGUGUCACCAAGAGACUGACGGGGGUUCGUCUGGGAGAGCACGACACCGCCACGGACCCCGACUGCGUCAAGACUGCAUUCAGGGACGACUGCGCGCCGCCUCCGAUUGACAUCCCCGUGGAGGACACAGUGGUUCAUGAAGGUUUCGAUAAAGCCAACCCUAACUUAUACGACAAUAUAGCGCUUUUGAGGUUGAAACAAGAAGUGACGAUCAAUGGUGAGGCGGCAAGUCUUUGUGGUUUGAGGUGGACCUUGAUUCGGUGUGUUGUAGAUUACAUCAUGCCUAUUUGUCUGCCAACUGAGGACGGAGAAUUGUCUAAAAGUUACGUUGGAGAAAGACUUGCGGUUUCUGGAUGGGGAUUUACCGAAAAUAUGGCAAAUAGUGUUGUUAAGUUGAAGGGUCAACUUCCAGGGAGGAAUCAUUCGUACUGUGAAGAUAUGUACAGGAAACAUAAUUUUAACUUAACUUUGAAGGAUAGCCAGUUGUGUGCUGGUGGAGAAAGAGGAAACGAUUCCUGCAAAGGGAAUGCUGGGGCGCCGUUAAUGGUGCUCAGGCCGGGUCAACAUGGUUCUCAAUGGUAUGUCGUUGGGUUGUUCUCGUUUGGGCCGCAGCCGUGUAACAUGGAGAAUUGGGGGGACGUUUAUACGAGGGUGUCCAAAUACGUAACGUGGAUUAAGAGUAAACUUAGAUCUUAGUCGUUGAACAAAACUAUUGUGUUUAAUAAUACUCAGGAGAUAAUAAAAAUAUCAAAAUAU